AUGCUUAGCUUAAACACUUUUCAUUUGCAUGAAACACCUUUGGUCGAGGAUCUCAUAAAAGAUCGUUACUCCUUUAAGCUUUCUAAAACCCAAUUCCAACUAACUGAAAAUGCUGUUGCCGAAGUUAAACCAGUUAAAUCAAAACCCAGCGAAACAAGACAACAUAAAUUUAUUAAAAUGUUUUUACGCCGUGGAUCACACACACUUUCCUUUAAACAACAUAACGAUAUUAUAAUUAAAGAAUACUUAAAUUCAGGAAACCCAACUGACUGGCGUUGUAAUACCACAAAAGCAUGGGCCGGAAAACAAAAUGAUUAUUUUCAGGUACUCCAAAACACUCACCAUUUGCUUUCCAAUGGAGAUUCACUCCGCGCAAUAGAUAUACUAUACUGCUCCCAAGUCGUAGCAUCACAAUUCCAAUCUCUUAUUAAAGCUGAAGGCCGUAGAACUCAAGUGUCUAUAAAUUUAAGUUGCCCCUGUAGCAAAUGCCGCCGUGGCUUUCAGUUUUAUGGUGCUAUUGGUAAGGUCCAAGUUUUGUUAUGUCUGGACGAUGUGUUUUUAAAAUUUUUCCGCAAGGCUAAGCUCAAUCUUGAAACAAGUCUAUAUGAAGUUCGCACCAUAGCUAAUAUUGUGGGGGUAUAUAGUGAUAACAUGGAAAAUGCAUUAUCUCUUUUAGACAAGGAAUACAUGGAUGAAGAUAACCCAGAACCACGAAACCAAAAACGGAAAUACAAAAACGAUGAAGUUAGGUUUAACACUGAAAUAAAACUACGGAAAGCAGCAGAUUUGGUAAUAAAUUGUUUUGCAAAAUAUAAUUUAGACAAGUCAGCAUUCAACCAAAAACUAGUGAUUAUUUCAGAUUUAAAUAUGUGGAAAACAAACCCCUCUGGGCAAUUUACCUUGUGGACUGCUAACCUUGUACUCAAAACAAAUAACUUGACACAUUUUUGGGAUCUAGGCACAUGGAUGGACUUGUUCAUGUCAUCUGGAAAUGUACUAAGCAAAGGAAAAUAUCGUAUGAAAAGUCUAACAAGGCUUUAUACAAACCUUGAAAAAGUUGCCAAAAACUCUGAAACAAAAAAGAAAACCCGUUUAUUCAAGCCUAAAAAUAAAACAAUUUCUUUUAAAAUCCCCAAACCUCGUUCCUUUAUAUCUAAACAAGAGUUUGAAGAGUUUCUAACUGAUUUAAAUUCAGCAUUUACUAAAAGAGAUUUUUGGGAUGAACGCUUAAAAACUGUCUGCAUUUGCCAACUACUUCGAGUCAUUACUAACUUUCAAGCUUUUCUUACAAUCCACAGUGCUGACUUUAUCAAAAUGAUUACCAACCCCAAUAGAAGAAAUAUCAAUAUUUAUUUGAUAAUUCAAGGUUUUGUAAUCUUAUUGGAUAUCAUGGGGGUGCAUGUUCGUGGACCGAAAUUUGCAGAUUUUGACUACGUCAUGAAGCUAAGCGAAGACAAUUAUAUGUUUUUUUUCUCAAAUCUUAUGGAUGUCUUUUGCAGUUUUAUUUAUUUUUUUUCUCCUAAACUUACAAGCUUUGAUAGAGGUCCUGAAGUUUACAUCACUUUUAAGUAUUUGGCCAUGGGUGGGCUUUCAAACCAUCUUUUGAAGCCAAAAAAUUCAAUAAUUGAUUACAAAACUGGGUUUAAAGAUAAAAUCAAUUUUAAUACAUUUUUACAAGAUUUAUACACAAUAGGGCAUAUGAAGUUUGAAUUAGAAGAUCUCUUUUACAGAGAUUUGACUACAAUAUCGGUACAGGGUCACGUUUAUGACCCAGAUAGAAGUCGGUUACAGUUUAUGAAUGAUAUACCUUUGAAGUUUUUUCUGGCCCCAGAUAAAUCUAUUUGUUCUUUAGAUUACAAAUCUAACUGGCUUCAAACCCAUCGUCAUAUUUUACUAUGCUGUUGCAGGUUUGGUCUCUGUAACUGCAAGCGCAAAGUGUUUUACACUUGUACUUGCAAAGAAUAUUCAAGAGCCACUUGUAAUUGUUAUCCACGAAGCAUCACCAGUCCGGAUUUCAAUUUAUGUAAAUGUGGCGCACGCAACUUUGAUGAAUGUAAAUGCGGCGCCACAAUUCACGCCUAUGGUUUGGCAUUUGCAGAAAAACCAUUCAAGCCAUUAAAGCAAGGGGUUUGGACUCAUUUUCCAAAUAUUUCUGUGGUGCUUAAGGAUAUCCAAAAAAUGCUUGAUACUUAUCAUUUUUACAAUACAUUGUGGACAAGUGAAGAAAAUCUUAGUGAUUACUUUUUCGAGAUUUUCAACUGUAUUUAUAACCAAAACUCAAAAUGGAUUCGCUUCAUUGAGCGCAAACUACCCCGCAUUUUUGCCAAACGCCAAAACCAACCGUCGAGCACACUAAUUGACCACCCACAUUUCUACCUGCGGUACAAGCCCACGCGCAUGGCAGUUUUCCGUGAGAUUUGGAAUUUGAAAAAGGCAAUGGAAACCAAGAGUAUUAAAAGUGAUCCGCGGAUAUUUUAUUCUUAUUGGGGGUACAAGUUUUUAGAAAUUGCUAUACCUGGAAUCAUGAAGCUAAAAUUUAUGCGUCCUGCAAUUAUGACCUUGACGCAGUUUUGUGCCAUUGCUUUAUUUUCACUAUGUAAUGGAACAAACCCAAAAGAAGUUCGAGAUAGCAUGCGACUUUGUAUUACAAAUGUAAGAGAAAAGGUUACCGAUUUUAUGAAGUGGACUGAAAGAAUAAUGGAGCUAAACAAUGAAGCCCAGAUUAGUAGCUACGACUCUAUUUCUAAAACAUUUUGCGCUAAAACUCAAGAAGAGUAUUAUAAAUUGAUACCAUUGGGAUUGGCAUUGCGAGAUGAGGGCGAUAUUAACAAUGAUGGAGAUAAAGAUGAUGGCAAGAAACAUUUCAAAGAUAAGACCAAGACUUGGAAUAAUGGGAAAUCAGCUUCUAAAAAAAAUAAAAAGAAGAGAAAGCGAAUCAACAAGUAUGUCGCUUAUGAUGAUGAUGAUAAUGAAGAGGAGGAAGUGGAAAGUAAUUUGGAAAAGAAGGAAAAUGGUGGUGUAGAAGAGACUCAAAUUGAUACUGAUGAGUCAAAAGUCGAGACCAAGGUUGAUGAGAGAUUAGUGACUGGAUCAUCAAAGGAAGAUAAAACAGUAAAGGAGAAGAAAUCAGAAAAGAAAAUUAAGAGAACAAAAAAUGAGGGAAAAGAUAAAGAAAAGGAAAAGGAAAAGGAAAAGGAAAUCAAGGAGAGAAAAGUACUCCAAAAAGAUAAAUCAGUAACUACUAAACCCACUAUUAAAACUGGAAACAAAGCCAAACCCAAAGAGACAAUUAGUUUCCCGUUGGUUAAAAUAGUGAAUCCAAUGGUUGCCAAAAAAGAUUUAGUGCCUCCACCAGAAGAAGAAAAAAGGUCAUUUUUGGAAGAUAUUUGUCUUGAUUCAGAAGAUAGUCUAAGUUUCAUUGAAGAAGAUAUUAUUGAAGGAGACGAGAAUGUUUUAGUAGAUGCAGAACUGGAUUUGAAGAUGAAGCCUGUUUUUGCGAAUACAAAACCUGAGCCUAAAAACAAACUGGAUUCUUUGGAUGAAGAUCCAAAUCUAAAAGAAAAGCUUAGUUUGGAGCAAGUGGAAUUAAAACAGGAAGAAGAGCCAAGUGUUGUGAAUGCAGUUUCAGUACAGACAGAUGAGCCAACCUCAGCCCAAAAUAUACUGGAGCUGAAAAAGAAGCUAAAAGUUGCAAAAGAAAGUUAUGAGCAAAAAGGAAAAACUAGUUUUAAUUUUGCACAACUUGAAACAAAAGCGGAUCCUGUGCAUUUUAAUGAAGAUUUGGUACCAAAAGACAAAAGUUCAGUACCAACUGACAUGUUGGUCUUUUCCAAUGAAGGUCACAGUACCGAAAUCAAGUCCAGUUUGGUGGAAGAAGCUUUAGUUUCAGAAACUAGUUUUGUUCCACAAAAACUAGUUUUGAUUGAUUCUCAAAAUUCUUUUGAAAAAAAUUUAAGGCUAGAAGAAAACUUAAGUUUGAUGAUUGACAAAGAACCACCAACUUUAGACGGCCAGCCGUCCUCAAUUGACAGAAAACCUGAGCCAGAAGCAGACAAUAUUGUGGAAAGUACAACAAAGGAAAGUGUUGAUAAUUGUACUAGUAAACCGACUAGUUCUAAGAAAAAGUCAAGGAAAAAUUCAUGGGUCACAAUUCCUUGGGGAGGUGUGAUUAAUUGUGAUGAACCUGUUCAAGCUCCAGUUUUAUCUUUUGGCAGUUCUGAUGAUGAAGAAAGCAGUGUGGAAAGUGCAGAUUUAAACAAAAAUAAACAUUUCCCUUUAUUUUCACCAGUUUCUAAGUCUUUUGAAGUACCUUUAGAAAAAUUAAAAUCACCACAUUUAUUGGAUCAAUUGACACCGGAGCUUUUAUCAACAGAUGAAGAACAGAAUUGUGAAUGGUCUAUUAAUAAUCCGCUGGCGUGCAAACUUUUUGGAUCCAAGCCAAUAGAGGAUGUUUUGGAUUGCUUGGAAAAUGAAUCAAAAGUCAUAAAAAAUGAAGAUGAAGGCAUUUCCUUUGACAAUGUAUCUAACGUACAACAGUUUUUAGAUGCUGAGAAGUUACAAGUGAUUGCAGAUAGUUAUGGUGAAAAAUUGAAAGAGGUUAAGGGAAAGGUUUCUACUUUGAAUAAAAAAGAUAUGCCUAAUGAAACAGUUUUAAAGUCACUAGCAUUUUCUUCUAUGACAACAAAAAAAAAGGAGUUAUUUAAAAAAGUUUUUGAUAUUUUAGGGGUGCCAGGGACUUUUGAAGACAAUGCUUGUGACCUUUCCAAGGCCUUUUCUGUGAUCAAUGAUGCCAUGUUGCUAAAACGUUUUUUGGGCAUAACUGACAGUAUUGUUUCUGAUAAAGACUUAGCACUUCAAAUUUACCAAAACAAAAACUGGAUGGAAAGUUUUAAUAAAAACGUUUUGGUGUUUCAGAGCGAAAUUGAUUGUUGUGUUUCGGAAAAUGGGCCGAAACAGGCAGGUGGCGAUAAGCUUAAACAAGGUGGGGAUGAGGAGGAACAAGAACCCCAAAAGAAAAAAGAGAAAGAGAAAGAUAAAGUUGAAGAAGUAAAUGAAAGACCAGCUAGCCAGUCUUCAGAAGAGUCUCUUGUUGAUCUUUCAGAACUCCCAGAAUCCUUUAACUAUCAUUCUCUUUGUGAUGCAGUUUUACCACGUACUCGAGAUUAUUUUGGUGCUGCUGAGCGGGUACUUUCGGUGACACCCCCACAAAACAUUUCGAGACUAGCAGAUUUUAAAAAAUCUACAGCAGAUCAACAACAACAACAGCAACCCCUUGAGGUUUUUAAUAAUUAUUAUAACCCACCACUACCACCACCAUCACAACGGCAUCUAGCCAAGAAACGCUAUGCGUGGGAAUAUUUCUCCACAAUUAAGAAUUGCAAUCCAGCAACCGAGCAGCAGCAGCAGACGCAACAGCAACAGCAGAGAUCUUCUUCCUUUUUGGGCUUUCUUAAUAAAAACCCAAAACCGGUGAAUCCUCCUUUGGAACCAGUCUUGAAGUGGUUCGAGUCUAACUCUAAUGAAACGCCAACCGCAGUGUCACACGCGUUUAAUAUACGUCUGCCUCCUGUGCAUGUCGCUGCCGUGACAUUAAAUAAUUAUAAUUUUAACUGUGGACUUGCUCAAAAUGGUGGUCAGCCUAAUCCUGUUUUGGAGCCUGAAACUAAUCAAUUUGAAGAACAACAACAACAACAACAACAAGCCUUGAACAAUGCCACAUUAACUAGCCAAGAGAGUUUAUCUAUUUAUCAGCAGCAACAGUCAAAUUUUACUAUUAGUAUGCCAUCUACGGCUGCUGCUGCUGCAAUUCCUCCUUCUUCUUCUUCUUCUUCUUCUUCUUCUUCUUCUUCUUCUUCUUCUUCUUCUAUAAUUUCGACAUCUCAGCAAUAUCAUAGCCAACCUUCUACUGCUUCUUCUCAAAUGCCCUUAGUUUCUUCUGGUCAAUAUUUAGGAUUUACUUCUGCAAUCCCACAAAACCCAUAUGCAACUAUGCUUCAUUCAAAUUCUCAGUUUCAAGAUGCCCAUCUGUAUCCUUACAACACUUACUCUUCUUAUCAUCAGCGUUUAAACAAUUUAAACUCACCAAACCCUCCUCCGGUGUUUUCGCAGUUUUUAGAUGACAGAGAAUUAAUUGCUGAUAACACGCCUUCAGUUACCCAGAAUUACCAAACAUCACAUCAAUUUCCAAAUCGGCCGAUCCAAGAACCUUCACAGCAACGAUACCCGUUUCAUCAACCCCAAUCGCUGCAGCUUCAACAAGCACAGUCUCAACUACCUGAACAAGGUUUAUCGCAGCAGCCAAUACAAUCAGGCCAACUAUUACUUCAACAACCAUUUGAUCCUCCAUGCCUUGUUCCAGAUGUUUUACCUCCCAUGCAGAUGCAAUAUGGAAAUGCUCUUUAUUCAACGUUUACACCUUAUCCUAAUGACAGAAACAAUUCUGCUAAUAGGCGACCUGAUUCUCAAAGCAAUCCAAACCAACCAUCAAUGCCAAGCACAAAUAUUAUAACAAGUAGAAACAACAUGACUCAAUCUGGCAUCACCACCACCACUACUACUACUACUGUACCAGCUGCUCCAGUUUCACCAAUGCAAAAUUAUGUGGUGAAUAAUAUUUUGACACCUUCCUUAGGACCAGCAAGUAUUAAUCCUCAAUUACUAGUAAAUCAACAAGUACAUCCUGUUAAUCAAGAUUCAAUGUGGUCACGACAUCAGCAAUCUUAUAAUGGCAAUUAUGAUUAUAAUGGAAAUUUUAUCCAAACCUCUUACCCUUCACAACCACCAAUACCAGCUUCGGCACAGAUGUUGACUCCUGAAAGAAGUAGUACAAAUACACCACAAGGAAUGGUGAGCACAUCUAUAAUACCCUCAAUGAAUUUAAAUAACCAAAAUAUCUAUGGAGUUAACCAAACAACAACCCAAGAAAUCAAUGAAAAUAACCUGAAUGAAAUCAACACAUUUUUACAGGGUCCCGGGCCCUAUAGUCGAGAAUACAAGGAUACCUUUUCUAAUCAAGGAUUAUAUUUCAAAGGCUGGAAUAACGGAAAAUGA